AUGCGUUACCGCAGGAUGGCCGCCGUCGCGUCGGACGCCGCCGAUGCCCAGGCUGCGCUCACCGCACUCGCCGCCCGCUAUCCCCUCGCGGAGCCUGACAGGGCCGAUGUCAUCGUCGCCCUCGGCGGCGAUGGCUUCAUGCUGGAGACGCAGCACCGCUUCCUGCACCAGGGCAAGCCGAUCUAUGGCAUGAGCCGGGGGACGGUGGCUUCCUGA